AUGGAGACUGACAGACGUGCUGCAGAGGAUUUGACAACAACAGACAGAACUAGUUCCUGAGGCCUGACCGAGCCCAGGAAUGGCCCUCACUGAACUGAAAUGGACUCUGUGUCAGGCCAAGGCUCUAGUCUGCUCACUGCUGGUCCUCCUAUGUCUGCACACAGCCACAGGAAUGUCAGGGUGGGGUGGAUGUCUGGAAGGUCAGGAUGUAUUUGCGACAAUAAGAGAAAACAGCCUUUCGGGAGAAAUUGUUGCAGAGCUCAUGGCUGACACCACAAUGGAGGAGGUACAAUGGAUCCUGGAUGGAAAGGAUGCUGAUUGGUUCUUCUUGGAUGAAAGACACAUCCGUCUGAACUCAUCAGAUGACAAGGUUCUUGACCGAGAGGCCCAGGGCCCUGUCCUAAUGGCUGAGUUGUCAUGUUAUGAGGAGGACACACUCCAGAGUGUCUACAGGAUCAUGGUGGAGAUUAUUAAUGAGAAUGAUAACUCACCUGUGUUUGCAGAAAACACUGUCCACUCUCUUAUUAUCAGUGAGCUGACUCCAGUGAAUACUGUGGUCUUUACUGUCCAGGCUACAGAUGCAGAUAACGACAAGAUCAUUUACUCCAUUGACCAGACAUCACCUGAUGCAGAGUACUUCAAGGUUGAGCUCCCAAACAGUGGAGAGGUGAUCCUGGGCAAGCCUCUAGACUAUGAGACCAAAACUCAGCUUACUGUCACUAUCUAUGCCUCGGAAAUGAGCACUGCUGAGCGCUUCAACACUAGCACCAACAUCACCAUCACCAUCCUGGAUGGAGAUGACCAGUACCCACAGUUCCUGCCCUGCAUGCUGCUUCUCCAAGAUGAGACCAGUCGCAUCUGCAUCAGCCCCGUGUACACAGUCAAUGUCACAGAGGGGGAAGAGGACAUUGUGCUGGACUUCUCUCCUGGUCCCAUUCAUGCAGUGGAUGGAGACAGAGGACUCAGCUCUCCACUCAGUUAUUCCAUUCUCUCAGGAGACGACAAUGGCCGUUUCCUGAUGGAUAAAGAGACAGGGGAGGUGAAACUGACUCGGGGGGUGAGAGACAGACUCACUACUCCAGCGCUGCAUCUUCAGGUCAUGGCAUACCAGGAUGAUGACCCCAGGAAGUACUCUGUUGCUACAGUGUUGGUCCGAGUCCUGGCAGUGAACCACUUUCGUCCACAGUUUGAUAAGGCUCAAUAUCAUGGCUUUGUAAUUGCUGGAAAGAGCCCCGCCUCUCUGGUCAACACCUAUGGCAGCAGAGCACUGAUGUUACAUGUACAAGACAAGGAUUUUAACCAUGGUGUCAACCCCAAGCUCUACUUCACCUUCAGUCCUACAUCCAAUUACACAGACAUCUACCAACUCACACAUGAGGGACUUUUGAUCGCCAGGACUGAUCAUCUCAAACCAAAACAGAAACACACUCUAGAGGUAACGGCUAUAGACCAGGAGUCAGGUGAUGCCACCUUUACUACUGUAGUGGUUGAGGUGUUAUCUGAAGGACAAUCAAUCCCUCAUAGUCCACUGGGAGAUGAACGUCUGAUAAGCUGUACUGUAGGCAAAGCGUUGUUCCUGAGCGUGGUACUCAUGACUAUGCUUGGAUGUACCUUGUCUGUGGUGAUGUGGCUAAAGAAGAAACGCAAGGGAAAAAGGGACCCACUGCAGAGAGGCUGCGUGGCCCAGGGCAAACACCCCAAUGUGAGUUUACGGUGGUUCCAACUGGUGAGUCACCGCAGUGCCAUGUCACACAUGGACGAAGUACCCUUUAACAAUGAAGAGUAUGGAACCUACAAUCCGUCCUUCAGCUUCCCUGAGAAACCUGGCCUCUACACCCACCAAGACCCCCCUUCCUUCCAAGGACCCGUUCCACCUAAAACAACUGCUGCACCCGACAUAAGCUUCAUCCCCGCUGAAAGUGUGUGCAUCCCUGUGGUCUUCAGUAACAAUGUUUCUGCACCACCCAAAAUCUCCUCUAGUUCACCCACCUUUCAGCCAGCCACCGUGGAUGUAAGCCCGACACACAUGGCUCAAGAUGCUGCAUCUCCCAAAGAAAACCUUGACGCAGCACCUGCUACAUCCCUGGACCCUACUGAGGCACUACGCAACACCAGUCCUAACCCUGAAACCCAUGAUGGCACUAGCACUCCACCUUUAACCUGUCCUGAUUCACAAACUUCGCAAACAGGCACCAGUGAUGACCCUGCUGACCCUGCCACCAGCCCCUCCUCUCAAUCCAGUGCUCCAUGCAGUGACACCCAAAUUGCUUCAGCAGAAAUAGACAAACCCUUCUGCAAACCUCGUGUGAAGACACCCCCACAUUCACCUUCACUGUCCUCCCCCCUCCCCGAGCAGACGAGCAACCCCCCACCCACCCCAGAGCAUGCACCUGUAAAAGCCAAGCUGGUACAUAUAGAUACGUCCCCCCUUGAUACACCUCCAGUCACACCAGAGCGAACAUCUAUGACUCUAAGCACAGAGGUAGACCAACCCUCCACGUCACUGGACCAAACAGACCAAUCAGAACACCCAGGUGCAGAUGCAGGUAGUCCAUCUCAGGACAGAAGACCCUCAAUGAACUCAGGAAACACCCAGGACGGCCACAAGGUGGGGGAUGAGGAUGACAAGGGUUUUCUGGGCGAUGAAGAUGCAGACAAGAACAGUGAUGAUGAGUUAGAGCCAGAUGAAGAAGAGCUGCUCAGAGUGAUGGCUCGUUGUAAUCCCAUUUUUAUCACAUUUAGUAAGUAAGGACGGAUGACAGCGCAUGGAGGAGGUAAGGUGAAGAUGGAUGACAGACAGCGGAGCAAGAAAGAAACGCUACUGUCUGGUUCUGCUGUGCUGUAGGUACUGCUGAGACUUGGGAGAGGACAGAAUACUAAGAUACACAGCACAGGGGCCACAUAAGGAAAGACAUGCAUACGUUCACACACUGUAUACUGUAUGAAAACACUUAACAACACACAUUAAUAUUGAUUAAUUAUAAUACACUAUGCUGUUACAUUCAUAGAAAACAGGGAUGAGUGACCUCGAAUGCACAAGGCAUGGUUAAAAAAAAUCAAUUACUAUGUAUAAAGUAUGAUACAUUUUUCAACAAUACAGCAUAUUCAGCCACGGUAACAAUUGCACAAGUUUACCAACUUGUCAUGAAUCAAAAUAUAUUCUCAUUGAUUUUACAAAUGAUGAGAUUGUAUUCUCUUAAAGGGCAAAUCCACAAGAAAUCCCAGAAUACUGCUCCUCUCUGGAAUUAAAAUUCCAUAAAGGCAGAAUGUCUGACCACACAUUCCAAUCUGUGAUGUCACAGUGGCUGUCAAUAGUAAAACACCUUUUAUGACAUCACGAGAGUAUGGAAUGUUUGACCAUUUGAAUUCACUGAGAAUCGUCCAGCAGCUGUGUGGUUCUGUGUAGAAUUACCCUUUCAAUAGCUGCAGGGUACUGUAUGUUCAAAACUUUUACAUAGCGUACUGCAGCGUUAAAUGUUUUAUUAUGCCUGUUCUACAAGCUGCCUCAGUUUUUUCUUUGAA